AUGCUUAUUGUUGGUCUCACAGGUGGUAUUGCUGCUGGGAAGUCUACUGUUUCCAACAAGUUGAAGAAUGACUACCAUUUAACCAUUGUGGAUGCAGAUGUUAUUGCCAAACAGGUUCAAGAACCAGGAAAUUCAGCAUAUAAGAAAGUUGUGGAGUAUUUUGGUCCUAAAGUUGAAACUUUAUUACUUCCAGAUGGCAAAAUUGAUGGACCUACAUUAGGUAAAUAUGUCUUUGCAAAUAAAGAUGAAUUAAAAGUUUUAAAUGGUAUCGUUCAUCCUGCUGUUAGAUAUGAAAUAUUUAAACAAAUCCUGUGGGCUUAUGUCACAUUAAAUAGAUUGGUGAUCUUAGAUGUUCCAUUACUGUUUGAAGCUGGUCUAGACAAAAUUUGUGGGUCUACAAUUGCUGUUGUUUGUAAAGAAGAUGUACAAAUUGAAAGACUUUUAGCAAGAAAUUCACAUUUAACUUUAGAUGAUGCUCAUAAAAGAAUCAAUUCUCAAAUGUCAAAUCAUUUACGUAUACGGAAGGCGGAUUAUGUCAUUGAUAAUAGUUCUUCAUUAUCAGAUUUGAAUUCACAAGUUGAAGGAACUGUCCAAAGGGUUAAACCAUCAUUAAUUGUUUAUUUGCUGGAACUCAUUCCACCAUUUGCUAUUUUGUCAGCAUUUGGAAAUUUCGUCAUUAGAAGAUACUAUGAUUACACCAAACAUUCUAAAGAAGAAUAA